AUGUGCAAAAUGACGCUUCGUGUGCCCUCUUUCACUUUGUUAGCGAGGAUACACUUUUGGGUGACACUGGACUACCUAGCCAGAUGCCACCUGUCCCAUCUCACCCGCUUCCGGCACAAAAGGCGGCACGAGCGGGGCGUGGGGGUGAGCGACUCGCUUCUGCUACGGCUGAUGCUGCUCUGGCCGGGGCUGGAGGAGCUGGUGCUGGUGGAUAAGGCAGAAGAGGGCGUGGGGCAGGGCAGAGCAGAAGAGGAGCUGGUGCUGGUGGAUAAGGCAGCAGAGGGCGUGGGGCAAGGGGGAGUAGAAGAGGUAAGCGCGGUUCAGUGCGGUGGAGUGUGGUUAAAUGAGAUUCACCAGUUUGGGUUUGAGCUCACAUCCCUCACUCUCAGCCUGCCCUCCCUCUCUGCCUCUAAAAUCUCCUCUGAAAUGGCCCUUAUGCUAGUGGCCAGUGCGUGCACCAGUUUCACCCACCUCGACCUCUCCAAUUUCAUAUGCAUGUCCGACCCGCCUCUGCACGAAUUCGUCUUGCGCUGCCCCUCUCUCGCCCAUCUGUCCUUAGCCGGUGCACCCAUCUCCGAUGCCUGUUUGGACGUCAUAGCCUCGCACUUUCUCCUUCCCCACAUUUUCGCCUCGUUUUCUCUCUCUCCUGUGUUCUCUUCCCAUCCCCAGCGCUGCCCCUCUCUCGCCCAUCUCUCCCUAGCCGGUGCGCCCAUCACCAAUGCCUCCUUGGACCUCAUUCCUUAUCUCUGUCCUUGUUGCCCUCCCGUCUAUUCUGUUAUCUCGCCCACCCCCAUUAGCAGCGCUGCCCCUCGCUCGCCCAUCUCUCGCUAG